UAUAAUAUAAAUAUGGCCACAACAGCAGAAACAAUUAUAAUUUAACAUCAUCAGGAGAUAUAUUGGAAACCAGCAAUUUUCCUGCGUUUGCUUACCAGUUCUCUCAGCAAUAUGAGUUCAUCUGCUCAAUGCCCCCAUUUUGUUCUACUGUUUCUUGGUGUUUUGGUGAUUGUUUCAUCCAGAGCUCAAGCUCAAUCUCCAGGAAAGGUCGAAAAGCCUUUCAACAAUUCAGUUCCAGCCAUUUUCGUGUUUGGAGACUCAACAGCUGAUCCUGGGAACAACAACUUCGUAAGCACCAUUUUCAAGGGCAAUUUUCAGCCUUACGGGAGAGAUUUUCCCGGCCAAGUUCCCACCGGAAGGUUUACUAAUGGCCGGCUGGCCAGUGACUUCAUUGCUAGUUAUGUGGGUGUCAAGGAGUUUGUGGCUCCAUAUUUGGAUCCAACACUUAGCAUUGAGGAUCUCAAGACUGGAGUUAGCUUCGCCUCAGCUGGAUCCGGAUUUGACCCUCUCACCCCACAAUUAAGUAAUGUAAUAUCACUGUCAAAGCAACUGGAGUACUUCAAAGAGUACCAAAAGCGAGUGGAGAUGGUGAUAGGGAAGAAAAGAACCAAACGUUUGAUACAAAAUGCAGUAUUCCUGGUUAGUGCUGGCACCAAUGACUUUGUUGUCAACUAUUUCACUGUCCCAAUCCGGCGAAAGACCUACAAUCUCCCUACUUACAUGGACUUCUUGCUGCAGCAAUUCCACCACUUCAUGCAGGCUUUGUCGGAACAAGGGGCGAGGAGAAUUGGGGUGGCCGGGUUGCCGCCUAUGGGGUGCUUGCCUAUCGUCAUUACCGUUAAUUCAGACAAUGCAGUUCAACACCGCGGUUGCAUUGAUUUCUUCUCUUCGGUUGCUCGGCAAUACAACUUCAUCCUCCAGACAAAGCUGGACGCCAUGCAACUUAGCUUAUCAGAUUCUUCUGGGCUGCGAAUUGUUUACUUGGAUAUAUAUCAGCCUCUUUCUGACAUGAUCUUCCAGACCCAGAAGUUCAACUUUACAGAGGUGAAUAGUGGUUGCUGUGGGACUGGAUUAUUGGAGACAUCAUUCUUGUGCAACCCAAAAUCUUACGUUUGCUCUGAUGCAUCAGAGUACGUGUUUUGGGACUCUAUCCACCCAUCUGAGAGGACAUACAAGCUCCUCUUCCAGGCUGUUCAAUCCAGCAUUGAUUUCCUCAUCAAGGACUAAUUAAGGCAUUCCUCUUGAUUUUUGGGAUGCUGUAGGGUCCAAUUGAUCAAAGUUACAUUGAACUUAGAGGUGGACAUUUGAUGCCCAAUAGCAUACUGUCCUCUUAGUGUUACCCUUCUCAACUUGUGUAUCUGUCGACUGUUUGUACUCAGAAAAGAUGGACAUUUUAUUGUCUGACAUUAUUUUCAUGAUUAUAUAAAUUAAAAGUUAAUUGAUGGAUUUAGAGUCGUACAAAUAAACAGCCUAACUACUCUACCUUAGUGGUAGAUAGUUGUACUAGUGAGUUUAAAGUCUCAUCGCUAUUAAU